GGAUAUGAACCAGAAAGUAUGGCUGAUUAUCUGAUCAGUGGAGGGACUGGCUAUGUCCCAGAAGAUGGACUCACUGCCCAGCAGCUCUUUGCUAUAGGAGACGGUCUCACGUACAAUGAUUUUCUCAUCCUGCCUGGUUUCAUCGACUUCACCUCAGAUGAAGUGGAUCUGACUUCGGCUUUGACCCGGAAGAUAACCCUAAAGACACCGCUCAUCUCAUCUCCCAUGGACACUGUGACCGAGUCAUCUAUGGCCAUCGCUAUGGCUCUCAUGGGUGGAAUCGGCAUCAUCCAUCACAACUGCACACCGGAGUUCCAAGCGAAUGAAGUUCGGAAAGUGAAGAAAUUUGAGCAGGGCUUUAUCACAGAUCCGGUAGUGAUGAGCCCUCGGCACACGGUUGGCGACGUGUUCGAGGCUAAGGUACGGCACGGCUUCUCCGGCAUCCCUGUAACCGAAACUGGCAAAAUGGGCAGCAAGCUGGUGGGAAUCGUCACGUCACGAGACAUUGAUUUCCUGUCAGAGAAAGACUAUGACAGACCAUUGGAGGAGGCGAUGACAAAGCGUGAGGAUUUAGUGGUAGCACCAGCUGGAGUUACUCUAAAAGAGGCUAACGACAUACUGCAGCGCAGCAAGAAAGGUAAACUGCCCAUUGUGAAUGACAGUGAUGAACUGGUGGCUAUAAUUGCCCGUACUGAUCUGAAGAAGAACAGAGAAUACCCUCUGGCCUCUAAAGACUCGCGUAAACAGCUGCUCUGUGGUGCCGCCAUCGGCACGCGUGAGGAUGACAAAUACCGACUGGACCUGCUCAUGCAGGCUGGAGUGGACGUGGUGGUGCUGGUAAUUGUGGUGCUGGAUUCCUCUCAGGGAAACUCAGUGUUUCAGAUCAGCAUGAUCAACUACAUUAAACAGAAGUACCCUGAGCUACAGGUGGUAGGAGGAAAUGUUGUGACCGCUGCACAGGCAAAGAAUCUGAUUGACGCAGGUGUCGAUGCUCUCAGAGUGGGCAUGGGCUGUGGAUCCAUCUGCAUCACUCAGGAAGUGAUGGCAUGUGGGAGACCCCAAGGCACCUCUGUGUAUAAAGUAGCGGAGUAUGCGCGCCGUUUCGGAGUGCCGGUAAUCGCAGAUGGUGGCAUUCAGACAGUUGGACAUGUGGUGAAGGCUCUCGCUUUGGGAGCGUCCACAGUGAUGAUGGGCUCCUUGCUUGCAGCAACCACAGAAGCUCCCGGUGAGUAUUUUUUCUCAGAUGGCGUAAGACUGAAGAAGUACCGUGGUAUGGGCUCUUUAGACGCCAUGGAGAAAAACAGCAGCAGCCAAAAACGCUAUUUCAGUGAGGGUGACAAGGUGAAGGUAGCUCAGGGAGUAUCAGGCUCAGUUCAGGAUAAAGGCUCUAUCCAUAAAUUUGUGCCAUACCUCAUUGCUGGAAUUCAACAUGGCUGUCAGGAUAUUGGUGCAAAGAGCCUGUCCAUCCUGCGCUCUAUGAUGUACUCUGGAGAGCUGAAGUUCGAGAAGAGGACAAUGUCUGCUCAGGUGGAGGGCGGCGUCCAUGGCCUGCACUCAUAUACUUUUGUGCCAUUUAUGAGAAGCGCUUAUACUGAGGGUGGCAGCAGAGGACAUACGACCCUAGCUGUGACCAAACACAACUGAUUCAUCUGAUCUCUUCUACAUUCCUCUUUUCCUCCCAUUCUUCCUCCUGGUCAUCCUCCUUUGAAGAAACAAUGGUUUGUUUUUCCGAACCAGGUGUGUUCAGCAGCAGUCGUGCAGGCAUCCUGCACUCUACCUUUGUAACACAGACAUGGACAUUGCUGUGCACUGCUGUAUGAUAACAACUGGCUUUUUAGGUUUUUGUUUUUUGUUUUGUUUUCAUUUUCUCCUCAUGUGACAAUCCUCUUCUGUUUUAUGUAUCGUUGUCCUCACAGGAUAGUAUAACCCUCAUUGCUUUUCAACUUGUGUUCAGUGUAGUCAAAAUGUCUUCUCUGUGGUCCUGUAAGCAAUAAGCUUUAAUACUGUGUACCUGGCUAGUGUUUUUGUCACUAUAAGGCUACUGGGUGUUAAACCGCGAAUGGUAAAUGGAAGUUAAUGAAGUUUAUAUAUAAAGUUUUUGUUCACAUUUCACAAAAUUUUUAGGUUUUCCAGUUAGCAGGCUUCUGUAAUAGAACCAGAAGCUAAGUGAUAGCCUUAACUUAAAAAUCAGAGAUCCUUUCCACCUGCACACCUUAGAAAUCAAGUUUUCUAGAAUUAAAAUGCUACACCAGAGAUGCUCUAUGAGUGGAAUUUAUUUGAGGGUCUUUAAUUCAGUAUCUACACACAUACUUUCUUGGACAAACGAAAUAUCACCUAUGGAUCCAACACCACGAUAAUGAUUUACAAGCGGUUGCAGUUACAGUAGCGCUGCUUUGUAUCGGAAACCCUUAAGCGUUAAACUUUCCGUUGGGGAUGACUUUGAUCUGAGAAGAGCAACAUUUGUCAUCUGUGUGUUAAAGUUUGUGACAUAAUGCUAUAUCACUGCACAGUUUCCAUUUCCUGGAAGAGUCACAGCUCCUUUGGGGUCUGGAUAAUAAUGUAAGAAAAAUGUUAGUCGUGUACACUUACACUACACUAUACAAGUGUAAUACCAAAACGUGAUUGUGUGUAUGCUAUACAGUGAAUAUUAGACUUAAUUCAUUCCCAGGAACAAUUUCUAAUGUCCAAAGGUGUCAUCUCUGUUUGUGUGGAUGUGUGUUGUCUUUUUUUCUUUUUUUUUUUGCUUGAGAUAUUAGAAUUUUAGCAUGUAUAAAAUAGGUUUACUUUUCAACAGGUCCUCUUAUUUUGUCUGUGAUUGCUGGCAAGUCAGGCAGUUCCCUAAAUUUGUACAGAGUCUUUUGGACAAAAGAAACUGCUCAAAGAAAUCUAUUUUAUUAUAGUCCUUUAUUAUGUUCAAUGUUACUAUCUUAUUUUUUGACAAUAUUCUGUAAAGUAGCUCAAUAAACCGAGGACCUGAAAUCUCAUGUAGUGUGAACAGGAGACUACAGGACCAGAGUUCAUCAGACAGAGAAUGAUGUCAGAGCAAACAAGUUAAUCUCUGUGCUUAUAGCGAUGUAAAGCACAAUUAGAGCUUAAACGGUGCAGUUUUGGGAUUUGACCUCUAGGCAGAUUUAAUAAUUACUGCUUUGAAAGGCUUUUGCUGCUCAUGUAUUACUGUUGUACAGGAGUACCGCCCAAAGCUGAACACUCAGCCAUGAUCUGCAAAAUGGUCACAUUAAUAAAGAUGGUUAUGAUCCAA